CUUAACGUUAUCUAUCUAUACUUAUCUAUGUUUCAAGCCUUCAAGCCGUCUGCAAUCCACCGUGUGCAAAGGGUGGAACGUGUACAAACCUAUAUGCGUGUUCUUGCCCAAGCACAUCGACGGGCUAAUACUGCUGGAAUCUAACGUGCUCUUAUCAGCGCCCGUGCUAUCCGGGGGAAUGCAUAGAUCAGACCACGUGCAAAUGUUAAACUGGGUUUACUUCUAAUAAAACGGAAGAUGGUUGCAUCAAUUUUCAGGAAUCAGAAAAUCGUCUCCGGCCUUUAAUUGGCGAAUCCAAUGUGACAAUAAAGGACAUUCGAAGAGCAUAUAAUCGGGUCAACUACAUGUUUGUGUUAGAGGUAUCGGAUGUGAACUCGUCCAUCGUCUGGAGCAACCAGAAGAGAUUCAACUACUUACAAUUUGAAAUGAAGGCCAUCUUUGAUGGCCUUGAUAACCUUCUCAAUCGUCCGGUAUACGUCCACGACUCCAAAAUGGGUAUAGUUCAAAACAUCAUCACCGCCAAUGUCAGCAUAAUACCAAGAGCUGGAGGUAUAAUUCGGGACUAUGGCUACUUUAAGGAAUACCCCUGUAAAGAAGGAUAUAACAGAGAAAACCCAUACGAAGAGAGUGCAAAGUGUGUCAUCAAUGACGAUCAGUUUGUGACACUUAUCGAACAUGGGGACUGGGUGACAGUCAAGUUUCGGUCAACUAGUGGUGGGUUUCAGAAAUUCUUUAACAUCGACAACCAAGCAAUGCCCUACAUGACAAAUUACUAUAGUGGACUUUCAUUCAUUAAAACGGUUGAAUUCCGAUUUGACUUCAAAGGCCCCAAACACUGCUCAGAAGUGGAUAAAAGAACCUGUCCGUUCGGUGCUACAAUAUUGGAUAUACCGGACCUUUUAAGAAAUGGACCAAUAAUACCUCGAUGGCUGGGCUGGACCGAUACCUUGUCAGGGGUUGGAGAAUACUACAUGGAAGUGUUCAAACUGGGGCCCAACAGGGUCGGGCGGCUUGUGGAGACAACGCCAACUAAUCCUAUAUUCUCUACCACAGUGCUGCACACUAACGGCACCAUCAAAUACCCUCAAUACGCGCCAUCUGGGUCAGGCAUGUACAGAUAUGUAGCAGACGCUCUGGAUGACAACGAAGAGCCUUUAACCCGUAAAGCGAUCCCGAACUUUCACGGUAUCGUCAAGUAUGAAAUUGUCUUUGUGCAGACAGUCGAUGCUACGCAGCCCAUUUUAGGUUGGACAGAGAUAUCCCUGAAGGAGUCAUUUUCUACUCAGAGACCUUUGGAAGAUGGAGACCGACUCCGAGUGUGGGUUCGAGCCACAGACUUAAUGGGGAAUCAAAGGGCGGACAGCACCAUCAUCAAGGUGGAUGGUUCCAAACCACGUCUGCAUGCUUACACGUCAAAAGUAGAACUUAAUACUGUAAACGGACCGUACAAAUAUAGUUCAAAGGUCGUAUUCUCGGCUUCUGAUAAUGAUAGCGGCGUUCAUAUGAUCGGUUUCGAUAUAUUUGUGGGGACAAAUCCGAACAAUUUUGCAACAAUGAAAAAGUCAAUCGAAGAUGCAGAAUGCCGUAAUGUGGACGGAGUGUGUUUCCUGUCGAGCCAGACCGUGUUUCUGGACAACUGUUGGAUGCUGGUGGGAAGGACUUAUCUAGACAAAAUGUCUGCUAUUGUCAACGUGACGGCAUACAACCAAGCCAUGUUGGGCACAUCUGCAACGAUCAAUUUAGGACCAGUAAACAAGUUGCUGGGUCUGGAGAAAUAUGACGGUCCUAAGAAUCCCCGCAUAGUAACCAAGACUCACACAGGCUUUCGUAUCACGUGGAAUUUGCCAGAGAAACAAUCUUGCUACGGAAGAGCAGACAUUUUGAUCAUUCUCUCCAGGAAGACCGCAAAAGGAGAAGCCGUACUUCAUAUGUACUAUACGCCGGGUACCAGUAAUCACUUCGACAUUCUUGGGCUCAACCCAGAGACAGAAUACACACUGGGACUUAAUUUUCAGGCUCCCGGGACAAUGGCACAGCAGACAUACUUCCUAACUACAAAGACGGGUGCGUACGAGCCUCCUAAUGACUCUAGCUCGUACUCAGGCGACGAUGGUCCGGUAUCCCCAGCGUUUACGUUGCACAUCAUAAUAUCUACACACCUCUGUGUGCGAUGGUUUUCGAAACAGUGACAUUGAGCUGGUAUCAAUACAUUUAACAUGUGUUGAAAUAUAUAUUUGUACGACAUGCAACAUUGUAACGUCUAAACUUUAACUAUGUACUUUUUUUAUUGUAUAACCUUAUUCACAUUUAACACGUAAAUGUUCAUUUAUUGCCUGUAUGU